UGGCAUUCCAAUUCUAGGAAAAUGCUAAAAUUGCGGCGAACCGAUGGUGGGCGAGAGAUCAAAUAUCCAUUCUCAGUCAAAGCAAACACCUGAAUAGCCAAGAAAGGAAAGGAGAAAGAAUCAGAUAGCGAGAAGAGGAAGAGAAAGAGAGGAACAGAGGAGAAGAGAAAGGAGCCAAAGGAAGACCAAGACCCCUCUUCGUCUUCCUUCCUUUUUCCGGCCGCCGGCUUUCUUUCUUUCGCCUUUCUUUCCUUUCCUUAUUGCAUCCAAUCGCACAGUUGAAGCCCUCUGCCAACAAUUAAUUCUUAUCUUCAUUUCUGAUCAGCAUUCGUUUCGCAAUAAUGGCUCCGAGCAAGUUAAGAAAAGCCAUCGGAGCAGUGAAGGAUCAGACCAGCAUAAGCCUGGCCAAGGUCGGCAACAGCACCUGCCUCUCCGAUCUCGAGGUGGCCAUCGUGAAGGUGACCCGCCACGAGGAAUACCCGUCAGAGGAGCGCCAUGUCCGGGAGAUCCUAAGCCUGACCUGCUACUCGCGCACCUACAUAAGCGCCUGCGUCUCCACCAUUUCCCGGCGCCUCUGCAAGACCAAGAACUGGAUCGUGGCGCUCAAGUCGCUCAUUCUCAUCCACCGCCUCCUCAUCGACGGCGACCCCGCCUACGAGCAAGAGUUCUUCUUCGCCACGAGGCGUGGGACUCGCCUCCUGAACUUGUCGGAUUUCCGGGACUCUUCGAGGUCCAAUUCGUGGGACUACUCGGCGUUUGUACGGACGUACGCCAUGUACCUUGAUGAAAGGCUGGAGUUCAGAAUGCAGGGCCGGCGAGGCAAGCUCAGCGCCUGCGCUUACGAUGAAGACGAAGAGGAGGACAGCCCAUCCCAGCGCAGAGCCGCGUCGGUCUCCGAGAUGAAUAUUGACCUCAUUUUUAACAAAAUCCACCAUUUGAUGCAACUCAUUGAGCGCUUCCUAGCGUGCAAGCCUAGAGGGGCGGCGCAGGAUAACAGGGUGGUGCUCAUGGCGCUCUAUCCCAUGGUGAAAGAAAGUUUCCAGAUAUACUACGACGUAAUAGAAAUACUCAACGUCUUAGUCGAUCGAUUCGCGGGGUUAGACAUCAGUGACGCCGACAAAGUCUACGACAUCUUCUGCCGGCUUUCGAAGCAAUUCAAUGAGCUAGAUGAGUUCUACGGCUGGUGCAAGCACGCCGGAGUCGCACGUGCUUCCGAAUACCCCGAGGUCGAGCGAAUCACAAAGAAGAAACUGGCCGUCAUGGACGAUUUCAUCCGAGACAAGUCCGCGUCGCUGCAUGACAAGAAGCUUUUGCUGCUUGAACAGAAUGAUGAACCCAAGGAAGAAGAAGAGAAGAAGUCGGAAGGUACCGUAGAGGACAUGAACGCGAUCAAGGCGUUGCCGCCGGCGGAAGGGUUUAACGAGGAGCCGGAGAAGGAAGAGGCGGAGGAGGAGAAGCCAGAACCAGAGAAAGAGGAAGAGCCCAAGAAAGAAGCUGAUCUGUUGAACUUGGCUGGAGACGCAUUGACAAGCGAAGAACGAGGAAAUCAAUUCGCUUUGGCUUUGUUUGAUGGCGCUCCGGCUCCGGCUCCGGCUUGGGAAGCCUUCAAAGACACGGAGAACUGGGAGAUGGCUCUGGUCCAAUCGGCGAGCCAUUUGCAGAGCCAGAAACCUUCGCUGGCCGGCGGUUUUGACAUGAUGCUGCUCAAUGGCAUGUAUCAACAAGGAGAAACAAUACAAGCAAUGGCCAACUCAGGUUACUCGGCUACGGGCAGUGCUAGUAGCGUUGCGUUUGGAUCGGCCGGGAGGCCGGCAAUGCUGGCCUUGCCGGCACCGAAAGGAAAUACGGGGACAUCGAGUAGCGCCGAUCCAUUCGAGGCCUCGCUAGUGGUGCCUCCACCGUCUUACGUGCAGAUGUCGGAGAUGGAGAAGAAGCAGAGACUGCUAGUGGAAGAGCAGCUAAUGUGGCAGCAAUAUGCGAGGGAUGGGAUGCAGGGGCAAGUUGGAUUUGCAAGGAUACAACAAACAGGAUACUAUCAGCACAAUAUGGGAGGUUACUGAAGAUUAAUUAGGCAGCCAUAUCAUAUGUUUCAUCAAUUCUCCUUUUGCUGGUGAAGAUGAAAUUGAAAGCAACCAAAGUCCAAAGGGGCCAUUAUUUUUAGAACAAAGUAUACAAUAUGUCUUGAUUG